AUGAUUUUCGGCCCGCCCGCCACCCUGCAGUCCUGCUACCCCCCGACAUGGUACGCCCCCAAAACAUCCCUCCACGACCUGGCGCAUUCUCCUCAACGCCCUGCUCACCCUCUCAAGGUCCUCUUCAAGCGCAAGCCGGUGCAGUUCCUGCAGCCGCCGCCCGUAGAAAACGACCAUGAGGUGUGGUACAUUCCCCAGACAGGUGAGGUUUUUGUCACGUACGAAGACUAUCUUAACAGGCUCGACUUCUACAAGCAGAAACGCUUCAUAUGUCAAAUCACCGGACACUCGGGCCUGAACUUCUUCGAGGCCCUAGAGUCAGAACUCGCUGGCGCACAGGAAGUCGAGCAAGCCUUCCCCGAGCCCCUGAAGGGCCCCAUCCUGCGCCGCGUGCAGUUCCAAACAAUCUCGAGGAUCGACAACCUGGUCGACAAGCUCUACGAAGAGUUCAAGGGCGACUUCUACCCCGGCGAGCAUGUCACCGUCUCCAUACACACCGGCGAGCGCUUUACAGGGGUCGUGAGGGACAAGGCCAGGUUUGGCAGCAAGAUGCUUCCGGAUGGUACCCUAACCGUGCCCUUCUCGAGAUACUUUGUCAGCCUGGAUGAUUCCGAGGAGCACGAGGCAGUCGUCGACGACAACAAUAUCUGGCGCGACCGCAAGGUCUUCACCAAGUCCGUCCUGCGCUCAUUCGUGAAAAAGACGGUUACAAGAGAUGCAUGGACCGGAGCUCCUUGGCUCGUGAAAGACACAAUCGCGGCUCAGUACAAGAUCGACACGCGCAUUCCGACUCAUCUGCGCUACGAAACCAAGGUCUUGGAGCGGAAGCAGGCGCAGUCGCAAAAGAGAUUGUCCAACCAGAUGGCACAGCCCCAGGACAUGUCCGGCGCCGGCAAUUCCUUCCAGAGCCACGGUCCAGUUCGGUUACCCGAAUUGAAGCCUGCGACCAGGCCCCCGAAGGCCAACAAGAACCAGAAUCACCAUGGCCAUCAAGGGCAGGUUGUCAAGAAACCGGAGCCGGGCCAGUUCGUGCACAUGCCACUCCCGGGUAAUCCCUUUACUUUUCCUCUUUCCUUCCGGCACAACCAGGUUCCGCCGCCGCCGCCCGUUUACGCGCAGCCCGAGCCUCCGCCGCCGCCACCACCACCGCCGAAAUACCCGAUCGAGGAUCUAAAGGUAGAGCCAACGCACCUGGUCCGGCCUCCUAUCCGAUAUAUGUGCAGUGAUCCGCCAGUGGAGGUCGAGGAGCCGUCACCUCACGGCGAGAACAUUCUCAUGAAAUCUCUCGGCCCACUUCUGGAGACCUGGGAUACUCUGAAUGUGUACUGCCAGAUAUUCCAGCUCGACUCGUUUACGUUUGACGACUACUUGGAGGCAAUGCAAGUCGCGUCGGAGGAGGUCAAGGUCCAGCUAUUUGAUGAGAUCCAUUGCGCGGUCCUCAAAAUCCUUGUCGACUCGGAGGCCGACGGGGGCAAGAUCAACUUCCGGCUGCCCGAGCUGGAAUCGGACGAGGAAAGUGACGAGGAAGACGAGGAGGACGAGGAGGAAGACGAGAGCCGAGAGCCUACACCACAGCCGACCGCGCGUGCCACGCGGAGUAGCAUGGCGAAGAUGGAGGCCGACAGGCUGGCAGCAGAAGCUGCCGCUGCAGAAAAAGAGGAAAAGGAGCUGGAAAAUGCCCCAAAGCAUCGUGCCGAGGAUCUCCUCGCUGACUACGACUGGAUUGACCAUUUGAGGAAGAGGGACUUUAAGGACGGCGGUUGGGAGUCGAUCAUGGUUGGGCUGUUUUACCAGCUGUCAAAAGACGAGCGGAGAAAGAGUGCAUGCGAGGAUCUGCUCAUCCAGUUGGUGCCUCGGGACGUCGAGGCUACACAGGACACGAUCCGGCAACACUACGCGGCUAUGGAUGUCAACUACCGCGCACAGGCCCUCCAAAUUAUCUGCUUAUUGACGGCAGAAACGAAAGCCAUCCGUGGCUACAUGGAGGACUGCAGCGAGCACAUGACGGGGUUCAGGAAAGACAAGAUUGAGUGGCAGCGACAAAGGAAACAAGCCAUUGAGGAGUUGAAGGCUCUGAAUGAGGAGCGAAAGAUAUUGCUCCCAGAAAACCUGCCGCCGUCGCCUUCCCACGAGCCUGUUGAUGCCAACGGGGACGUGAAAAUGGACGACGCUGGUGAUCUGACCCCAGCGGAAGAAGAAGUACCCGACGAGGAUGAGCCGCCGCGAAGUGUGGCUCGCGGUCUCCGGCGUGGGCAAGACCGAGCUGCAGAACGCCAGCGCCAAAAGGAGAGGGAAGAAGAGAAGAGGAAAGAGGCCGAAGCUGCCAAGGCCGUCCCCAAGCAAUCGAAACAGUUCGUGAAAGUCUUGAAGGAUAUUCAGAAGAAGGAAGAUCUUAUCAAGAAAUGUGAAGAUGAGAUUGCCGUCAUCGACAAUGACCUUCGAGAGGCAGAUUGUGCGCGAACAAGAGUUUUGGGCAAGGACCGGUUUUGGAAUCGGUACUACUGGUUUGAGCGCAACGGAAUGCCUUACGCUGGUCUGCCCAACAGCUCCACGGCGGAUGCUGGCUACGCAAAUGGGUGCAUAUGGAUUCAAGGGCCGGAUGAUCUCGAACGCGAGGGCUACAUUGAUUUGGCCCCCGAGUGGCAGAAAGAGUAUCAGGCCGUCUUCAACAUGACUGUCCCGGAGCGGAAGGCGAAAGAAGAAGGCCCCACGAGCGUCUUCACGGCCCGCCAGUGGGGCUACAUCGACGACCCUAAGGACGUCAAGAAGCUGAUCGACUGGCUGGACCCGCGCGGGUUCAACGAGCUGAAAUUGCGCAAGGAAUUGGUCAAUUUUAGCGACAGAAUUCUCAAGCAUAUGGAAAAUCGUCAGGCAUAUCUGGCAGCCAGCGAGGCUGAGGCAAAGGCUGCCGAGGAGGAAAAGGAGAAAGAGGCGAAGACAAACGGGACGACUGGAAAGCGGAUGACCACUAGGACCAGGAAUGCCGCAACACCAGAACCGACCCCGCAGUAUCGCUGCCUACAGUGGGAGAACACCACGGCCAUCGAGGAGCUGGGCCAUCUGCACAGUGAUCAGCCGCCUCCUGCACCGCCGAAGGGGAAGAAGGGUGGGGCCAGAAAGAAGGAAACCGCUAAGGAGGUGGUGGAGGAGCCUGUCCCUGCUGUAAAGACGCGCUCAAGGAGGAGGUAG